AUGUCACCCCGCCAGCGUAAGCGGAGAGGCCCUAAUCCCAACUCUAAGAAUGGAUGCAUUACUUGCAAAUUCCGCCACACAAAAUGCGGUGAAGAAAAGCCCGAAUGUCUGCAAUGCACAACUACGAACCGCAAAUGCAGUGGUUAUGAGGAUCUCUUACAGGAGAAACUGCGCCAGCGAGUAGCCAAAAUUUAUGCAGCACCAGUCCCACUAACCUCAGACUCGUGCCUGGUCCUUCUUCCCUGUACACGCGAGGAACGCCAGAAUCUACAUCAUUUCUGUACCCACACCGUCCAUGCAUUGUCAGGAUUCUUUGCCUCUGAGCUUUGGCAAUACUACUUACCCCAAAUCUCUCAACCGAUGUUGCGGUGCGUCAUGCCAUCACUGCAGUUGGAGCCGCUCACCAGCGCAGCUUAG